CUAGUCAAUGGAGUAUAGACACAAGAGGAAUGCAGGUGUAGACUAAAAUAUUGAGGUUAUGAAAUUCUGGCAUUCGUUGUAUUCAGUCUUGCACUUACAGCGAAUAUAGCUAGUCUAAACAUAUUGACGAUUUGCUCCACUAUAUGAGCCUGUAUAUCAAUCUCUCGUCUCUAUAACGAACAUCAACAUGUCAUAUUCCAAGACCGCAUUAGUUUUCCGUAACAUAUUACCAAAGCUGGGACUUGAAACGAGUGGAAUACUUGGCCGCGCUCUGUCAACACAACCUCAGCAGUCUAUUGAAUCGGCUAUCCCAGACAAACUGUACAAGCAAAUUCAGUUAGAGGUUCGGGGGAAUGAUCCAGCCGUUUUAAAGAGUUAUGCACACUUCACAGUAUCGGCUGCAGAAAACCUUGGUGUAACGAUCGGUAGAAAUUUUGCUCCACGCAAGCCUGAACACAAACGGUACACACUACUGAAGUGUGUACACAUUUUCAAGAAACAUCGUGUUCAAUAUGAAAUCAGAACUUACUACAGAUUUAUUGAUCUUCACCGCCUCACUGAAUCUACCGCCGAUACGAUACUUGAAUACAUACAGAGGAACUUACCUGAAGGAGUUGCUAUGAAAGUCACAAAGAUCGAAUUGCUGCCUCUACCAGAAUCUAUCAGAAUACCACCAAAUUCAAUAUCGACUACUAGUACAAACUAAUUUCUUUUCGAAAACAAUAUGAUAGUCUUAUAUUUAGGUUUUCAAUAAAGCAAUUAUUUCAAAAA